AUGUGGCCCAAUGUUAGUGAUGCUCCCUUUUUGCUAACUGGCUUCCCAGGCCUGGAGGCCGCUCAUCACUGGAUCUCCAUCCCCUUCUUUGCUGUCUAUUUCUCUGUGCUUCUUGGCAAUGGCACUCUUCUCUACCUCAUCAAGGAGGACCACAGUCUCCAUGAACCCAUGUACUAUUUCCUUGCCAUGCUGGCGGGAACAGAUCUAAUGGUGACAUUGACCACGAUGCCAACAGUAAUGGGUGUCUUAUGGGUGAAUCAUUGGGAGGUGAGCCAUGGAACCUGUUUCUUGCAGGCCUACUUUAUUCACUCUCUUUCCAUUGUAGAAUCCGGUAUCUUGCUUGCCAUGGCCUAUGACCGUUUUAUUGCCAUUCGCAAUCCCUUGAAAUACACUUUCAUUCUCACCAAUACUCAAGUGGUAAAGUUAGGGAUAGGGGCUUUUAUGAGGGGUUUUAUAUCCAUUAUACCUUUAAUCGUGAGUCUUUUUUCAUAUACAUAUUGCCACUCUCAUGUUCUCUCUCAUGCUUUCUGUCUUCACCAAGACGUCAUGAAACUUGCCUGUGCUGACAUAACUUUCAAUAGAAUUUACCCUAUAGUUCUGGUUUAUUUAACAUUCUUCUUAGACUGUUUGAUUAUUCUUUUCUCCUAUAUCCUAAUUCUUAAGACUGUCAUGAGCAUAGCCUCUGGUGAAGAGAGAGCCAAAGCCCUCAGUACCUGUAUUUCUCACAUCAGUUGUGUCCUCGUCUUCUAUGUAACUGUGAUUGGUCUGUCAUUCAUUUACAGGUUUGGGAAAAAUGUGCCAAAAGUUGUCCACAUUAUAAUGAGCUAUGUUUACUUUCUCUUUCCUCCUUUAAUGAAUCCUAUCAUUUAUAGCAUCAAGACCAAACAAAUUCAACAUGGCAUUCUUCGCCUUUUAGCUAAACAUAGAUUUAGAAGCUAA